AUGGAGGUGGAGGGUAGCGCCCAUGGGGAUGCGGGGAAGGCAGCACCAAGCAAGUUCUCGCUGCCGGUGGACUCGGAGAACAAGGCCAAGUCCUUUCGGCUUUUCUCCUUCGCCAACCCACACAUGCGCACUUUUCACCUCUCGUGGAUUUCCUUCUUCACGUGCUUCGUCUCCACGUUCGCCGCCGCUCCCUUGGUGCCCAUCAUCCGCGACAACCUCAACCUCGUAAAAGCUGAUAUCGGCAACGCCGGUGUAGCGUCCGUGUCUGGCUCCAUCUUCUCUAGGCUUGUCAUGGGCGCCGUAUGCGACCUCCUUGGUCCGCGCUACGGUUGCGCCUUCCUCGUCAUGCUUGCCGCGCCUACCGUCUUCUGCAUGUCACUCAUCGACGAUGCAGCAGGGUAUAUCACUGUCCGCUUCCUCAUCGGCUUCUCACUAGCCACCUUUGUGUCGUGCCAGUACUGGAUGAGCACCAUGUUCAAUAGCAAGAUCAUUGGCACUGUCAACGGGCUCGCGGCAGGGUGGGGCAACAUGGGUGGAGGUGCCACUCAACUCAUCAUGCCGCUCGUCUUCCACGCCAUCAAGAAGUGCGGUGCCACAGCAUUCGUGGCAUGGCGCAUCGCCUAUUUUGUACCGGGGAUGAUGCACAUCAUCAUGGGUCUACUCGUGCUCACACUGGGGCAAGAUCUUCCCGAUGGCAACCUCGCAAGCCUGCAGAAGAAAGGAGAUAUGAAGAAAGAUAAGUUUUCCAAGGUGUUAUUGGGCGCUGUUACAAACUACCGGACAUGGAUUUUCGUCCUCCUCUACGGCUACAGCAUGGGUGUUGAGCUCACCACUGACAAUGUCAUAGCGGAGUACUACUUCGACCACUUCCACCUAGACCUCAGUACCGCUGGAACCAUUGCAGCUUGCUUCGGCAUGGCCAACCUCGUUGCUCGCCCAACGGGUGGCUACCUCUCCGACCUUGGUGCUCGUUACUUUGGUAUGCGUGCUCGCCUCUGGAAUCUCUGGAUCCUCCAGACUGCCGGUGGUGCGUUCUGCAUAUGGCUCGGUCGCGCGUCUGAACUUCCGGCCUCUGUCACCGCUAUGGUCCUCUUCUCUGUAUGUGCCCAAGCUGCUUGUGGAGCCACUUUUGGCGUCGCUCCCUUCAUCUCCCGGCGGUCCCUCGGUAUCAUCUCUGGACUAACGGGCGCUGGUGGGAAUUUUGGUGCGGGGCUCACGCAGCUUCUUUUCUUCACGUCAUCGCAGUACUCAACUGGCACUGGGCUUCAAUACAUGGGCAUCAUGAUCAUGUGUUGCACGCUUCCUGUUGCUUUCGUGCACUUCCCACAGUGGGGCUCCAUGUUCUUCCCGGCCAACGCCAACGCCACUGAGGAAGAUUUUUACGCGUCCGAGUGGACAGAGGAGGAGAAGCGCGAGGGACUGCACCUGCCCGGGCAAAAGUUUGCCGAGAACUGCCGCUCGGAGCGCGGUAGGCGCAAUGUCAUCCUCGCCACGUCCGCCACGCCACAAAACAAUACACCCCAGCACGCAUAA